UCCUUCCUUCCCGCUCGGCCUACGGCUUCUGCUGACCGCCGGGCCCGGACGGGCUGCUGGCCUUGGGCAUCCGGCCCGCGUCCCUGCUGCCAGCACGAGCUGAGCUGCGGGGGCAGAAUGCUGUCACGCAGCAGAGACUUGGAGAGAGGCCACGCAGGAGCGGUCAUUGCGCCAGAGGUGUUGAGAGAGACGCUGAGCAACACUGGAAAUGAAGCUGCCCACGCACUGAGUGAAGGCUGUCCUGUCAGCAGGGAGUCAGGAUCAGAAGCAAAACUAGAAGGUUCUGAGCAGGAAUCUGAAGAGAAAACUAUUGAAAAUGCAAUUGGGCAGAGGCAGAGUAAAGACAGCUUGAAUAACUAUAGCACUGGAGACACCCUCCAAAAAGUACAAAAAGAUGUUAAAACUGAACAGAAAGCCAUCAACUGUACAUCCAGAGCAGAUCAACGGGAUGAGCAAAAAUUGGUUGGUGUUCACGAGUCAGUAACCAGCUCAUUCAGUCAAAAGACAGAAGAAAAAGGGGGCUGUGUGAGAAUGACAAAAAAGAUUCUGCAAGACAUUUGUAAGCAGCACAAGUUGUACUUGACCCCAUCCUUAAAUGAUACGCUUUACUUGCAUUAUAAAGGAUUUGACCGCUUGGAGAAUCUUGAAGAGUACACUGGGCUGAGGUGUUUGUGGCUGGAAUGCAACGGCUUAACAAAAAUUGAGAAUUUGGAGGCUCUGACAGAGUUGCGCUGCCUCUACUUGCAGCUCAAUUUAAUUAACAGAAUCGAAAACCUGGAAUCCUUACAAAAGCUGGAUUCCCUCAAUCUGAGUAACAACUAUGUCAAGACCAUUGAGAAUCUCUCUUGUCUAAAAGUCCUGAACACUCUGCAGAUUGCUCACAAUAAGUUAGAAACAGUGGAAGACAUACAACACUUGCAAGAAUGUCCAAGUAUUUCUGUUCUCGAUCUUUCCCACAACAACUUAAGUGAUCCAAAUAUUGUAACUGUUCUGGAGACAAUGCCUAAUUUGCAUGUGCUGAAUUUAAUGGGAAAUCAAGUGAUUAAGAAAAUCACUAAUUAUAGAAAAACACUUACUGUUCGACUGAAACAGCUAACGUAUCUGGAUGACAGACCAGUAUUCCCAAAGGAUAGAGCCUGUGCAGAAGCCUGGGCUGUUGGAGGGCUUGAAGCUGAGAAGGCAGAAAGGGAAAAAUGGGAAACUAGAGAGAGAAAAAAAAUCCAAGAUAGCAUUGAUGCUUUAGCUGCAAUCAGGCAAAAAGCAUUGGAAAAGAAGACACAGAAAUAUAUAGAAGAAAGAGAUGCAGGUGCAAAACAUGGAAAUGAAGGUGCAACAGACAUCAUAGAAGGAGCAUCUGCAAAUUCAGGUAACGAAGAAAAUUACAGUGCAUCAGAGAUAUCAAAUUUGUCAGAACAGCAAGAACCUCAAGAGAAGACAGAGAAAUUUGGAAAUGAAAAUUUUGAUGCUCAUGAUGAUGUGAGAACGCUCCUAACAGACAGAGGAGAUAACACUGACUUCCCAUCUGGAAAGAUUCCUGAGGCUGCAUGUGAAUCAAAUUCUUACAAAUGCUCAGACUUCAACAGGAAGAUAGAUGAUCUUCCAAUAGAGAAGACAGCUACUGAAAGGGCUGUGGUUCUUGAACUGGCUGAGUGUGCUGAAAUUGAGCAGAUCAAAUGUGAGACACCAGAGAAACUUCGACUUGGUGAACUACCUGAUUUAGAAGACAUAGAUGUAAAGGAAUUUCCUCCAGAAGAGGAAAUAGUUAUUCAAAAGCAAGAGUAUCACCCAAAGAUUGAAAUAAUUUCUGAAACGACAAAUGAUGGUGAUUCUGCAUUAGAAGAAAGCAAUAAAAACACAUUUGAGGACUCAGUAGGAGAAGCUGCAACAUCCAUUUUUUCAAAUGUGCGUAAGAUCCAUGAAGAGCAAAAAAAGGAGUGCUUGAGACCCCUUGUUAAAGAAUUCUUUACAGAGCCUUCUUAUUCAGAAGAAGACAAACCAGCUAAGCCCAGUAAAGUCUUGGUACAGGAGAUUACCCCCCAACUUCCUAAUAACCUACUGUUGUCAUCAGUCUGCAGUCAGCCAGAUGACCCCAGCCGACAGGAAGGGGGCAGGAAGAUCACCAUUGCUUGCUCUGGGAGCAGUAGUGGUGGAGGAGUACAGCAGCUGACUGAAGGUGAGGAGUGUUCUCAUGAACCCCAUGAUGACACGGGCAGUGAGAGGGGAUUAGACUGAUGGCUUUCAAUACAAGAGAUCAUAUCUGGAGCAUCAUGCCUGGCUGACUGCGUAUGGCUGUUCUCAAGAUGCAAAGCUCAGCAAUGGAACUGCUUGUCAAAACAGACCUUACACUUAUUAUAAAAACCCAGUGCCUCAAACAAGAGUAUUUCAGUCAUUCAGCACUGAUGUUGCUCCAACACAUGACCUUCAGGGCAGGUAAGGAGUGCCUCGUGUUCCCCCUUCCAAAGGUGCUCCUCUCUGGGGCAGCUUUCCAGCUGCACUACCAGUAGAAGUGAGGGCACUUGUGUUUUAAGGUUAAAUUCCACUCUGUCAUGUCCUUUCCUUUCCAUUGCAUCCUUCUAGAAAUGUUUCUUCUGUAACUUAUGGUUUGUUGCUUAGUUUCAAUCCAUACUGCAACACGUUUCUGUCAUUUGAGCUAAAUAAAUAUUCUACUUGUAACCUAUCAUCAA